AAACAAUUCUUAAACAGUGUGUGGUGUAUCAACCAUGUUGACGUUUGGUUUUGACAGAAUCAUACUGCUAAUAUUCUUACAGAUAACAGUCUUGCCACAACGAAUUUCUGGAAAAAAUGAACUGGCUUAUUUAGCUAAAAAUAAAGAUGAGAAUGGAAGCAAAUUUUGGCUACUUCAAGAAAGCGACGAAUAUUUAAGUUUUUCUUGGAUUACAUUUAGUCCUUCUGUUAUCAAUGCAACGCAAUUUUAUUUAAAUAUCAAUUUUCAAAGACAGAUCGACCAGUCUGUUUAUGUGGAUGGAACGUCCGGAAAAUUUGGAAUCAAUUCAGGCCCAUGCAAAGAGUCAGAAUAUAAUAUUAUGGGGAAAAGAGCCGAAGAUGUUCACCCUAUAACAGUUACACAUUCACUUUAUUAUAAAAGAGUUCCGAGGAUCCAUUUCGUCCAGCUACCGUCUAGAAAUCUUCAAAAUGUAACAUGGGAACAAGAAUCUGCCUUCUGUAGUGCAGAUGACGUCACAGUUAUCUUCAGUGGACAAGACGAUCAACCACUUGAAAUGAUCAUCGUACAGGGUGAUGAGAAGAAGUAUUCUCUGAGAAAUCAAGCCGAAAAUCGAUUGAUCUUCACUAUCUCACAUGGAAACAGAUUCUCCCUACCAAAGUUGGUAACAGUCUUGCCACAACGAAUCUCUGAAGAAUAUGAACUGGCAUAUUUAGUUAAAAAUAAUGAUAGCUAUGGAAGCAAAUUUUGGCUACUU